AAAUAUAGAUCCAUAUAAUCAUUUUGCUUUAUGGUAUUCCAUUGUCUGGCAAUAUUUUAAUAUGAUUAAUCCCCUAUUGAUGAAUAUGUUGUUUUCUCGUUAUUUUUACUGAAUAAGUAAUGCUUAGUAUGUUUGCCCACUUGUGUCUCAUUAUUCCUUUAUAAUAAAUUCUUAGAAGCAGAAUUGUUCGAUCACAGGGUUUGCCCGUUUAGCAAUGUAUUGCCAAAUACUUUCUCCACGUAGGAUGAACCAACUUACACUACCAAAAGGGCUCAGUGCUCUCUCUUUCUCUUUGUCCUUGCCCACGUGGCUUUUGCUUGCUUACCUAAAUUCAUAGGCAGAUGAUAUUUUGCCUUUAUCUAUAUUAUUAUUGUUUUAUUACUAGGGAAGUUAAAUGCCUUCAUUGUGUAUUGGCUGUUUGUAUUCAUCUUUUGGGUAUUUUGCAUUCAUUUCCUUUGUGCUUUUUUCAAUAAGCAGUGUGUAUGGCAAUUAAGAUUGGGCUUUGAAGUUGUAUUAUCUGGAUUCAUAAUCGCAGCUAUACCACUUCUUAGCUGUUUGACUUGGGCAGGUUAACUGUGUCUUAGUUUCCUCAUCUGUAAAGUGGGGAUAAUGGUAGUACUUACCUUGUAGGGUUGUCGCAAGGAUCGCAUGACUGGUGAAGUGCUUGCAACAGGGUCUGGCAGAUAACAAGCAUGCUAUUACUAUUAGUCUUUUCAUGCUCGUGUAUUUCUAUAGGAUAAAUUCCUACUAGGAUAGCUCUGUGUGGAAAUAGAUAUCACUGAAUUGCUGUUUUAAAGAGUUGUUCCUUUUGUACUAUAACCUGCAUAAUAACUCUUCAGUGUCAUAUCAGGAUUAUGAUUGCAUGCAAGCCAUCUCAAUGAUCUGUUUCUGUAUUCAUCUGUAUUUUUUCUUUCUUUAUUUUUUAAAAGACUUUUUGUUUUAUAUAGAGAGUGCAUGAAUGCCUGUACACAUCCGGGGGGGGGCGGUGGGGCAAAGGAAGAGGGAGAGAGAGAAUCCCAAGCAGGUUCCAUGCUCAGUGUGGAGCCUGUCAUGGGGCUUGAUCCCAUGACCCUGGGAUCAUGACCUGAGCCAAAGUGUAGAGCGGACACUCAACCAACUGAGCCUCCCAGGUGCCCCUAUAAUCAUCUGUAUUCUUGAGAAAUCAAAAGAUUCGUGUAUAAAAUUGUACGUAUUUUAAACAUACGGGAAAGUUUAAAGACUUAGUCCUAUGAUCAUCUGUAUAUUCACUGUCUAGAAAUUUGCAAAUUUUUUUUUUCUGUGAAAGGCUAGAUAUUUUCUGUAUUUUUGUAAAGGGACAGUAAAUAUUUUAGGUUCUAGAGGCCAGUUUCUGUCACAACUACUCAAUUCUGUAGUUGUAGUGAGUAAGCAGCCAUGUAACAGGUGAAUGAAUGGACAUGGCAGUGUUGAACAGAACUUUAUUUACAAAAACAGGCACAGCUGGAUUUGGCCUGGCUGUAGUUUGCCUUCCCCGGAUCCAUAUUAAACAGUUAACAGAUUGCUAUAUUUGCUUUCUCUGUAAAUGUGUUUAUGUAUGCAUAUAUAUUUUUGUGAACCACUUGAAAGUUAAGUUGCAAUCAUCAUGGUGCUAUAUACUUUAACAUUUUAGUAUGCAUCUCAUAAAAAUAAACACAUUUUUCUGCAUAACCAUAAUAUCAUCAUUAGAGCUAAGAACAUUAUAAUUUUGUAAUUUGUAAUAGAACCAAGCCUAUAAUGUAGCAAAUAAAGUAUGAAAAUCCUUAGAUUUGCUUCUCAACCAUUGUAACCCAGUGAUCUGUCUUUAUCCCUGUUCUUUUCUUAUCUUUUUCUUUAGGUAGAUAUUUGUAUUGUGUCACACUGUUUGCUGCUUUCAUUUGACCCAAUUACACAAUCAAAUGAAGGAAAUGUUUUGAUUUCUUUCAUGUGUUUGGUUUGUAUUUUUCAAAAUCUGGGUUUUGUUUCUAUAUUUUAUAUGAUUUGAAAGAGACAAUUUUGUAAUUUAUAAUCAAAAAAAGAGAUCUUACAUAGUGUCUAAUUUCCAUUUGAUUGUUGGUACUUGUUAUGUAGUGGAAGGAACUGAAGGAAGGUAAAGCCAAUCAUGUGCUUUUAAAAAGUGGCCGACUUUUGAAUUUUCAUGCUAAAAGAAGGAGGGCAAGUAAUAUGGGUAUUCCCACUGUUUUCAAGCUUAACUUUAAUGUGUUUUUACUUGAUAAGGAAAUUUAUAACACUUCUGGUAAAACCCUCUACUCUGUGAAAAGUUAUGCUGCACAUUUGUCCAGCGUCCUUGCUUUAUUUUUCUCCACUCCACUGGCAUCUUCUUCCCAGAUUCAGCACUUUGUGUUGUCUUCCUCUUAUAUUAUCUCUUAGGCUACAGAUGCUAAGCAUCAUCUUAUUUUAUCCUUUUAGAAACAUCAGCUUUCUUGAUUACAAGGAAAGAAUUUGGUGUGUUGGUAUAGCUGUGGGACUGUAGGCUACAGUUAGGAAUAGCAUGCACAAAAUGAGGUAAAAAUGAGAGUAUCUUCUUCUAGAUUACUGUCUUGAUAAUAACUACCAGUAGGAGGCAGGUUGAUUAUUAGGAACAGACUCAAGAUUAUUGUCACAUCUCUGUAUUCUACACAGAAUAAGCAAAAUGUAUAAAGUUCUAAAAAAAGAAGCACAACAGCAAGUAAUUCAGGAUGGCUUGUGUAGGUACUUGGGAUGGAGGUUGGAAGUAUGUUUGAGAAAGGCAGAACAUGAUCAUUGUGUGCCUGACUUCAGAAUUUGGCCAUUAGCCUGAUGGAGAAGUGGAGCAAUGGAUUCCAAAUGGAAGAGAUUCUAAUAUUUCCCCAAAUGGAAAUAGUAGAUUUUUCUCUGAUUGUAAAAGGAACAACAUACUGUUGUAAAAUGCAGAUUAAUUGUACAAAAAGUAGGCACUCAUUCACGAGAGUGAAUUCUCCACUGCUAGCAGUUAGGUGUGUAGCCUCAUGGUGGGGAAUUGCAUGAUGAGUUUUGCAGUGGUGUGGAUGGUGGAGAAGACAAGAGGGUGAGAGUAGAAGUAGGAGGCUGUUAGGUCCAAGUGAGAAAUGAUGAAGACCUAUUUCUUAGUAGCAGCUGUGGGAGUAGGAAAUGGGCAAGGCUAGGGUAACAGUUCAAGCGCUGUUUAGGAGAUAGAUGGGAUUCAAUGACCAGUUGGAUGAAUGGGCUGGAGGAUCCCCCAGAGAAGUGGCUGGAAUGGUGGUUAAGUGGAUUUCUCAGAACUUGGGAUCAAAUUGUGGGGUCACUUGAAGUGGCACAAAAAGGGAAAAUAGCAGUUUUGCCAAUGGCAUAAUUCGACUGGGAAGUGUGUCCGUAGUUCUUACUUUCAUCCUGUGUUUCCAGGCUUUUUUUUUUUUUUUUAGAAGGGGAGCUACAAGUAAGAAUUCAAUUCUAUUUUGACAAGAUAAGAGCUAUUAUAUCAUACAUUUUUCUCUUACUAAUUGUUUCUCUCUUAAAUUAGUUCAGGGUAGCAGUUUCCUUUGAGAAGUUGCUUCUGUUUUGGUGUGUAACUGUAGCAUGACUUUUUUCUUUUUUUUUUAAUGUUUGUUUAUUUUGAGAGUGGAUGGGGUAUGAGCAGAGAGAGGGAGAGAGAGAAUCCCAAGCAGUUUCCGCAGCAGGGCUUGAACUCACAAACCCUGAGAUUGUGACCGGAGCUGAAAUCAAGAGUCAAAUGUUUAACCAACUGAGCCACCCAGGCACCCCACUGUAGCAUAACUUUCACAUUUUACAAAGUCCUCGUUCGCAUCUUUCACUUUUUAUUCUGAGGAACUGAGAUUGGAGUGGGGUGAGGGAGGUGCUUGGGCAAGUUAUUUGCAGACAUUUUUUUGACUCUGAAUUAAGGGCUGUUUGGGUCUCUGAGUAGGAUCUUGCUUUCACCAGAUUCUGCUGUGUUUCUCAUCAUUGGAAAGAAGGCUGUAGAAUUCAUGGUAUGACACUUUGGCUCCGUGUUAUUGUCACAGUAAUGCAAUGUUAGCAUGGACUCUGAGUUCUGGGACACAGUGAAGGAUCCACAGUAUCCAGGUAACUAAAAGAUGAUUGGUUGGUUGAUGGCUGGGGCUUUUGGAACCGAGGCAUUCAUUUCCUGGUGAAAAAGACUUAGGUCACCGAUGCCAACCUCUUUUGCUUUUUCAGAUAGGAUUAACCCCGAACUUUCAUACAGAUAAGAAUUUCUGCAUUUUAAAUGGUCCCAUAGAAGGAAAUUUCACUCCUUUUUUCUUUUGGUUUUCCAUCUAUGCAUUGAGCAGUCCUCAUUGUUGGGACAUUUUUUAAUCUAGCUGAAAUGCUGCCAUUUCAGGACACUUCUUGUUCGGUUUUAUGUUAUGUCCUUUCAUGAACCUCUUAUGAAAUGUUGCCUGGAAUAUACAUGGAGUAUCACAGUAAUACACUACUUUUGGGGUUUGAGAAGAUGUGGAUAGAGGUUUGAGAAGACAUGGGUGAGGGUUAUUGAAUUAUAACACAGUGUUAAGUUAAUGUUUUUCCCUGGAGUUAUUUUCUUGCUUUAUCUCUAUUAUAAUUAUUACUACCAUUUUUAGUAACCUUUUAAUGGAUGUAGUUACUCACCUGAGGUAUUAUUCUAAAUAGUAUGUGUGAGAAUAGGCAGGCUUUCCUUAGGGUCACGGGUUGAAAUUGUAUAACAGAUACCUAGGAUUUAGGAGAGACCUUGCCCCCUGCAAUGUUUUCUUGUCUUUAUACUGGAAGGAAUUAAGAUAGUAAUGAGAAAGAUAUAUUUUGAAAUUUUGCUGUUGGUUUUUGUUUAUACUCUAAAGCUUAUUUCAGAAACUUGAAUUUUGGUUCUAUCAGUUGUAUUCUUUAUUUAUUUACUUAUUUAUUAUUAUUAUUAUUUUUAAUUAAGUAGACUCCACACCCAGUGUGGGGCUUGAAUUCAGAACCCCAAGAUCAAGAGUUGCAUACCCUACUGGCUGAGCCAGCCAGGCACCUCCAGUUGUGCUCUUUAAAGUCAGUUUUUUUCUCAUCAUUUAAAAAGUGGCUUCCUUGCACCCAACCAAAAAGUGAUAAACAGUGAUGAAGCAUAUGCAAGCUUAGUUAACUGGUGAGUUAUUUACUGAUAACUUUCUCUUGGCUCCUGUAUUUUAUGUUUAUAGCUAAGAUUUUAUGAGCUAGCAUGUAAUGGACAACAUUUGUUAGAAGCAGGCAUUUCUGAGUUCAGAUCCUAGCUGUUUAACUUCACAAAUCACGUACUUCGUGAAGCCUUUAAAAUGAGGUGGAGAACUAUCUCACAGAAGUUUUACGAGGCUUAGUUGAAAUUAUGUAUAUAAAGAACCUGGUACAGUGAUAUAUAGGGGGCACUAAAAGACACUGGCUCCUUCUGUUUUACAUAAAAACAAACUUGAGCUCAUAAAAAGUGGGAAACCAAAAUCUCUUAAAAGUUUCAUUUUUUCCCUUAAAAAUAAAAAAAAAAAAUCUAAAUGCCAUCUCCUUUAGGCUUUCUCAUCUUGUGGAGAUGGGGAUAGAUGCACUCACAAUACCCUGGGGCUUUUUCUCUUUCAAAGAGCUCAUUAUUCUGUAUUUUAAUUGCUUAGUAUAAUGCUUGGCACAGAAAUGGUCCUAUUUGUCGGAGGGAUGUCUUGCAAAGAGAGAAAAUGUUCUCUAUUGCUUUCUCCUCUUGAACACCUCAAAAGUUGUACUGAAAAAAAAAAGAUUUAUUUAUCCUCUCAGGAUAGUUGGUUUGUUUUGGAAGAGAAAUGAUACAUUAUAGUUAAGGAAAUUAAGUACAGUAUUACCAACUGGCUUAAAAUCCUGAUGUCUUCUGAUAUAUUCCUUAUUAUCAGAGUUUUUAUGACUUGAAAUGAAGGCAAUAGUGUGCUUUUAAAUGUUUGAGAAUAUGAAGUUUUUGAAGGGCUCAAGAAUGACUAUUUCUCUGAACUUGAUUCAUUCACCUGACAUUUAUUGAGUACUUCUGUAUAGUCUAGACCCUGUGUGAAGGGCUAUCAAAAGCCAAAGAAUUUCUGAUGGUUUCUGUCCUCAGGGAAUUUUACUUUAGUGACAAGGCAGACAAGAAAACCAACCUUACAUUAUAAUUGAGAAAUAUUGUAGUACCUGCCUAGAAAAGGUAAACAUAGGAAGACUGUCUAUUCACAUUUGGUACACGAAUGUGUUGUCUGUACCUGUGUUGGUGGUGGCUGCAGCAGGCGAAUAUUUUGGAGGAGCUGGGAUUUGAAGGAGGGGAGGAGGAAGGUUCGGGAGAAAGCCAUUGCAAGCACCUGUUCAAAGGCAGGGUGGUGUGAGAAGCCUACAGGUUGUUCUUUGUCUAAUGAAGCUGGGAUCAUCAAGGACUGAGUUCCUUCUGUUUGCUUCACGGUCCGUUGGCAUAAUAGAAAUUACCUUGCAGUCCAAAAUGAUGGCCAGAGUGCCACCCAUCGUGUCCCAGUACCAGACACACUCCCAGCCAAGUCUGUUCCCUUCAAGUAACUUUUCUGGAAGGUCACAACCCAUGACUUCCACUUACAGCUCGUUGGCCAGUCCUAGCAGCUGGGAAGGCUGGAAAGGGUACACUAUUACUUGGGGGCAUGGUGCCCAGGAUAAAACCAGAGUCUGUUACUGAGCAGUAAAGGGAGAAUAGGUAUAUAGACCGCCAGCAGUGUCUGCCACAGAGAGGAUUGAGAGUGGAGGUGGGGAGACCAGUUUAGUACAGCUGCUAAGUAGUAGUAGCUUAGUCUCUUACAGAAGAGAUUUGGUUGAUAGUCUUGAAAUGCAAGAAAUGUAACUGUUUGGUAACUAAGUAGAGAAGCUAUUCUGAGGGGAAACCUAGAGGGUCGAAGCCAUGGUUUUGAUACCAUGCUAGUUCAAGUUCUGGGAGUAAAAAUCGUGCUUGAAUGAUUUUAAUCCUUGAGUUACAAAUCUUUCCACGCUUUUAGAAAAAUUAAAGAUUUUGGUACUAACGAGGAACAUUGAUAAGAAUGGCAUCGGUAGGAAUUACAUUCCAAAAAACUAUCCAGCGUGGCUUUUUCAACUGGGUAACAUACAUUCAAAGGGGAUUUGCAAUUAGUUUUUCUUGAAGAUGAAAUCAUGAGUGGUUUUAUUUUUCUGCUCUAUACUGUAGGUUUUAUACACUUGGCACAUGGUGACUUUUUUUUUAAAUGGGGUAAAAUGCACACAAAAUUUACCAUUUUAAUCAUUCUUAACUGUACAGUGGCAUUAAGUACAUUCAUAGUUUUGUGUGCUGUCACCACCAUCCAUCCACAGAACUCUUUUCAUCUUGCAAAACGGAAACCCUGUAUCUUUAAAGAAUAACUCCACAUUUCUCCCUUUCCCCCAGGCUCUGGCAACUUCCAUCCUACUUUGUCUUUAUGCAUUUGCCCACUACCUCAAUAGAAGUAGAAUCACACAGUGUUUGUCCUUUUGUGACUUACUUACUGCGUCUAGCAUAAUAUCCUUAAGGUUAAUCUAUGUUGUAGUAUGUGUCGGAAAGCAUACACCACAUUUAGACAUUUUAAAACAUUAUUUUAUUUUUUUAAUGUUUAUUUAUUUUUGAGAGCAAGAGUGUGAGUGGGGGAGGGGCAUAGGGAGAGGGAAAAAGAGACUCUCAAGCAGGUUCCAUGCCCCCUGUGGAGCCCCCGAGGGGCUUGAUCUCAGAACUAGGAGAUCACGACUGGGGUGGUAAUCAAGAGUCAGGUGCUCAACUGACUGAGCCACCCAGGUGCCCCGAGUUUAUACCACAUUAAAAAAGAAAGUUUGAAGAUCUAAUUGGCUUUAUUAAAUGAUUCAUGAAUCAGGUAGCAUCUCAUCCAGCAAGUAGAGAGGUGCUCUGAGGAGUUGAACAAAAUGGAAGGUUUUUAUAGGAAAGAGGGUGGGGCAAGAGAGUUCUAAGCAAAAGAGAAGAAAGGACUGUUUCAGGCAAGAUCAUGUGUCCUUAAAGGAAUGGGCUGGAGGUCUUAUUAUGCAGAUCACCAUAUCUUCUUUUGAGGGAUGGAGAAGGCCCGUGGCACACCUCAGUGGUGAUGAUCAGAAAAUUUUUGACUGACUAGUUAAGACUUACAUUUCUAGGGAAGUUGAAACUACAUUUAGAUCUGGUGUUAAGCCCUGGUUUACUGACUUGGGGCCUUAAAUUAAGUGAUGCCUCUUAGGACUUUUGAUUUUCUUUUUAACAGUUACCUCCUUGGGAUUAGACUCUCAGUUUAACUGAGAGAUGUGCUCAAAAUUUAAGGCAUUGGCACUACUCUCAGCUAUUGCUCUGGAAAGUUCCCACAGUUGUUGUUGCUGUUUCUUUAUGUGGUAUCCAUAGGUCAUGUUUUUGGCCUAAUCUCUGUGAUAUUCACAAGCAACAGCUUCAGGUUUGCGGUUUUUAAGUCAGUCAUCCUUCUUGUUGUUGUUGUUGUUGUUGUUGUUUCUCCUGACAUCCCCGUCUUAGGGAGAUCAUUUGCUUGGUGGUUAGUGGCUGCCAACAGGCGCUUAGAGUUUUUUUGAGAAUGCAAUUUGCCAGUGAGAUUAUUACGAUUACUAUAAAUGGAUAAUUUCUAAUGUUUGGAGUGCAUUUUGGAGCCAUGGUCCCCAAGACCCAAACAAAUUAAAUCAUAUGGAUCAAAGAAAGACCUGCUGAAUGAGUCACCUUUUUUUGGCCACGUGGCCUGCCCAGUGAUCUUACGUAGUUAAGUUUCAGCUUCCCCAGAAAUGUUAAUCCAGCUAUAAUUAACUAGUGGUAUUGGCUAUAGCGUAAACACCUCCUUGCUCAGCUAAAAGAUAAUCAAGAGCUAUCCUAUUAUCAAGAAAAACUCUGGCUAGAAAGUCUAAGGACCUCUUUUGGGCUGCUAUUGCUUUUGCAGAUUUUGCAAUAAUUUUAAGAAUUAAGGAGAAGUUCUUGAUCAUAGCCUCAUUACAUUUAUCCCUAACCAGGGAAAUAGGGACCUGUCAAAGAAGUGAAUCCUGAAUCGUGAAUAUCUCCUGCUAGUUCCUUUUUAAGUCAGCAAUGUUAAGUAUAGGGGAGCCUGCCAGUGAGAUGUCUUAUUUUGCUUAAUAAAAGUUAGAGGCAUAGAUUUUCUCCUAGCCUGAUAUAAAUGGUUGUUCUAGUUUCCAGAAGUUACCUCCUUAGUUAUGGCCUGGGAGGUAAAGAUGAGUAUGUUAUCUUUCCAAGCCAAUGCCAGAGGAAAGGAAAGGAAGAGAAGAAAGAGUUUCGUGUUUAAAGUAUGAAAUCUUGAUCCAUGGUCCUGGGCAGUAACAGUCUACCUUGAUGUCAGCUACUUCUCUUCCUCAUCAAAUUGAUUUGGCGGGUCUCCCCUGUCUGUGCAGCACUGGAUGUCGGGUGGAGCCUUUUGUGAGAUGUGUAUUCAAGGCUCAAUGCCUUUUAAUUUUGCAGCAGUGUCCGUGGUCAGGAGCACUUGGUAAGGUCCCUUGCAACGAGGUUUGAGGGCUGGUGUCCUUUGAUGAUGUUUCUGGAAUAUCCAAUCACCAGGCCUAGAAUGUGACCAAUGGGAUCCUUUGAAUUGGGAUCUGGGAUGGCUUCUUUAACCUGUUAAUGAUAGGCUUGAGCGUAAGACAUUAGAGACUUAUAGUAGCUGGUCAUACUAGGCUGAAAUAACAAGGGAUCAGCAGAAGGUGAUAGACAUUGGUCUCUUGGUGAUUUUCUCAUGUGGAAUGAGUUUGUUUUCCAAAGGGGAAACUGGGAACAGUCAGCAAGAUCAAAAGCAAUAGCUUAGCCAGGAAAGUCCAGGAGUUUCGUCAAGUUUAGAAGUUUUAAGUUUGAGGAUCCCAUUAGUUCUUUCAACCUUGACCAAUGACUGAGGGUGAUAAGGGCAAUGAAAAUUCAGAGAAGUUUGCAAGUCUUUCAUUAAGGCUUGUAUGAUGUGCCCAGUGAAGUGGGUGCCUCCAUCACUGGAGAUUACAGGAGGUAUGCCUCAACUAUACCACAGUUUGUUUAUCCAUUUACCCAUCAAUGGAGACUUGGUUGAGUUCCAGUUUUAGGCUAUUAUGAAUAAUGCUGCUAUGAAUAUGGGCAUAUAAAUAUCUCUUUGAGAGUCCCUGCUUUGAAUCCCUUUGGCUAUAUACCCAGAAGUAGAAUUGCUGGAUACUAUGGUAAUUUUAUUGUUAAAUUUUUGAGGAACUGCCAUACUGUUUUCUUUGCAAUUACCCCAUUUUGCAUUCUCACCAACAACACACAGGGAUUCCAAUUUCUCCAUAUCCUCACCAACACUAUUUUCCACCUUAAAAAAAAAAAAAUUGUUAGUAGCCAUCUUAAUGGGCGUGUGAUAGUAUCUCAUUGUGUUGAAUUUUUUUUAAAGCUUAUAAAAUAUUUAAGAGUGAGUUAUAUAAUCACAUGGCGGCAGUUUUAUUUAAUUAAUUAAUUAACUUUAAGUAGGCUCUUUGCCCAACAUGGGGCUCGAACUCACGACCCUGAGAUCAAGUCGCAUAUUCUACUAAUUGAGCCAGCCAGGUGCCCCAUAUGGCAGCGAUUUAAAAAAAUGGAACAAAAUCACCAGUGCUACUCUAACACCAAUAUUAUUUUAAUGUUAUUUGGAGAUGUAUGACCAUAUAUAUAUUACUCAUGAUUGGAGUCAUAAACAUUUCCCUUUUUUUUUUUUUAACACAUUUUGUACAACAAUCAUUUGAAUUUUAAGUUCCCAGGAAAAUGUUACAAAUGCUGAAGAAUCUAUAUAGCAUGAUUGAACUUACGAACAUUUAUAAUUGUUUGGUUUCUUACAUAUAGAGAAGUGCCUGGUUUAUAUGAUUUUAGUUCCAUAGUCUGGAUGAUACAGUGACUAAGUAGUCGUUUGAAUUGCACAUCUGCUACUUCUGGCUGUGUGUGUUUAAGCAAGUUUCUUAAGGUCUUGUGUCUCAGUUUCUUUAUUUGUAAAGUGAGGAUAAUACCUCAGAGUUGUGAAGACUGAAUGACUUAAUACCUGUGGAGCUCUUGGAAUUGUUCCUGGCACAUCAUGCAUCUCAUAGUAGACUUUGCUGCCCUUAUUGUUUUAUGGGGGGAGGAUUUUAUCAGCUUGGUUUUUAGAAAUAUAUGCAAGUAAGUAACUUAGUGUCUUAGAUCCUUAGCUUAGAAUGUCACAAGCAGUGUUUUAGCGGAGGGUGCAGUCUAUAAGAUUGUUUUGGGAAUUAAGAGAAGAUAAAUCUGAAGCAGAUGAUGUUGGGCAAAUAGCUAAAUUAGUAAUAUGGUACAACCGUCUCCUGGGGACUGUGAUUUUUCAGGCUGCCAUUUAGCCCUGACAACUACUCUAGGCUCUUUUGGUCAGCUUAGUCUUUUUGCUUUGGGCUUCCUUCCCCAUCUGGUUCCCCAGAUUCCUUGGUUUGGUGCUCUGUAUUCCCUCUAACAACUUAAAAAAAAAUUCUUAUUUAUUUUUGAGAGAGAAAGAGAGAAUGAGAAUAAGAAUGAGUGGGGGAGGGGCAGAGACAGAGGGAGACAGAGGAUUCCAAGUGGGCUCUUGAGCUGACAGCAGACAGCCCAAUGCGGGGCUUGAACUCAUGAACCAUGAGAUCAUGGCCUGAACUGAAGUCAGAUGCUUAACCGACUGAACCACCUAGGUGCCCCUAUAACAGCUUUCAUUAAGUUGGUAAUUUAAGUCAGAUGCACUGAUUUAAAUUUUUACAAAAUAUAGCAUUCUGUGAUUUUUAAUAUCUUAUUUCAUUUGAUAUUCAGUAUAAAUCUGUGAGAUGGUGAAGGAGUCCUCAUUGAACAACUCUGGUUGUGCUAAGAGAUUAAGUGACCUGCUUGAUGUCUCAAAGUAAUUGAAUGGUUUAUCUGGAACUUGAACUGAAGCCAUCUGACUUUAGGGCAAAUGUUUUAUAAUAUUGUUUCUUCCUUGACAUAACAUGUUUUAAGGCAACACUUUGUUUCUUCUUCCCUAAUUAUUUGAUGACAUUUUUAAGGAUUUCUAAAUAUUACAUAAAGAUAACAUGCCCCCCUCUUUUAAAUUAAACAGAAAUUUUUUUAAUGUUUAUUUUUGAGAGACAGAGAGACAGAGUGUGAGCCAGGGAGGGGCAGAGAGAGGGAGACACAGAAUCCGAAACAGUUCCAGGCUCUGAGCUGUCAGCACAGAGUCCAGUGCGGGGCUUGAACCCACAAACUGUGAGAUCACGACUUGAGCCGAAUUUGGACGCUUAACCUGACUGAGCCACCAGGCACCCCCCCUCUUUUAAAUUUAAUAGCUAGUAAAAUUAUCUAAUUCCUGCCCAUCUACAUCAGCUGCAUUUUGUAAGUCUUUUAUCCUACAAAAGAAAAUAAUGAGUGAAAUCUGAGUUCUAAAGAUUUUACCUGAUUAUAUCCUUAAUUUUUUUUUACAAGGGUGUUCUCUGAAAAGGUUUUCAUGUUUCAUACUUAUAUUUAUUUUAUAAUAUUGGAAAAGGUAGAUUUCUCCCUUACUGCCUAGCAUAUGUAGUACCUUGCUCAUUUCAACAUUACUGUCCAACUUAAAUUAAAUCUUGGCAUUAGAAUAUCUUUACGGUUCUACUUUUCCCUUUUUCCUCUGCCUUGUCCUCUUCCAGAUCUGUUUCUAAUUGUUUUUCUUCUGUAGCCCCAACAAUCUCGGGUCCUAGAAAGAAUGUACCUUGAGCUGUAGGGUCUAUCACAUUUCAUGAUGUGAAGAAUAUUUUUCUGCUUAACUGCUCUUAUAUUCUUAAUGUAUGUAUUGGCUCUUCACUUAAUUUCAUUAUUUAUUAAUUUAUUAAUAUUUAUUAUUUAUAAGUAACCUCUACAUCUAGCAUGGGGCUUGAACUCAUGACCCUGAGAUCAAGAGUUGCAUGCUCUACCAAUUGAACCAGCCAGGUCCCCCCCUCUCUCACGUAAUUUUAAAAAUUAGUUACUUUUGGCAUAUAUGAAUUCCUACCUUGUUGCUCCUCUUAGUAUCUCCAGUAGUACAAGUCACUUCUUUUGGUGAGAAUAUAAAUUAAAUAAGGCUCAACUUUUCUUUUUUUUUUCGUGUAAUUAGCUGCAUAACAUAUAAUGAACUCUGAAUAUUAUCAGUAUACUGUUGAUUUGCUCAUUGUCAAAUCUGAGAUCUGAUUUCCUUGGCAGAUAUGUAGACUUGUGAUAGGCAUUUGGCAUUUUAUGUUUUGGGCAGUGUAACUUUAAAUCUACAUAAACUUCUCUGCCUUUUGCCUCUGCUGUGUUCAUAGAUUCCAGGAGGGCUUCGUGUAUGGACCUCAAGCGUUGGAGGUAGCAGACUUUUCAGCAGAAGGCUGCUGAAUGGUGCUUCACCUUGCUAAAAGUGAUUGGAGGCUGGCCACCAAAUUGGGACAUGAACGAAAGAAAAGAUGAAAAGGAAUAUGCAUUGAAGCAAAUUGAAGGCACAGGAAUAUCCAUGUCGGCUUGUAGAGAGAUUGCACUUUUGCGAGAAUUGAAGCACCCUAAUGUGAUCGCAUUGCAGAAGGUGUUCCUUUCUCACAGUGACAGGAAGGUGUGGCUGCUCUUUGAUUAUGCAGAACAUGAUUUGUGGCACAUUAUUAAGUUUCACCGUGCAUCAAAAGCAAAUAAAAAGCCCAUGCAGUUGCCAAGAUCUAUGGUCAAAUCAUUACUUUACCAGAUUCUUGAUGGUAUCCAUUACCUCCAUGCAAAUUGGGUGCUUCACAGAGAUCUGAAACCAGCAAAUAUCCUAGUAAUGGGAGAAGGUCCUGAAAGGGGGAGAGUCAAAAUAGCGGACAUGGGUUUUGCCAGAUUGUUCAAUUCUCCUCUAAAGCCACUAGCAGAUUUGGAUCCAGUAGUUGUGACUUUUUGGUAUCGGGCUCCAGAACUUCUGCUUGGUGCAAGACAUUAUACAAAGGCCAUUGAUAUAUGGGCAAUAGGUUGCAUAUUUGCUGAAUUGUUGACUUCAGAACCUAUUUUUCACUGUCGUCAGGAAGAUAUAAAAACAAGCAAUCCCUUUCAUCAUGAUCAACUAGAUCGGAUAUUUAGUGUCAUGGGGUUUCCUGCAGAUAAAGAUUGGGAAGAUAUUAGAAAGAUGCCAGAAUACCCUACACUUCAGAAAGACUUUAGAAGAACAACGUAUGCCAACAGUAGCCUCAUAAAGUACAUGGAGAAACACAAGGUCAAGCCUGACAGCAAAGUGUUCCUCUUGCUUCAGAAACUCCUUACUAUGGAUCCAACCAAGAGAAUUACCUCGGAGCAAGCUCUACAGGAUCCCUAUUUUCAGGAGGACCCCUUGCCAACGUUAGAUGUGUUUGCUGGCUGCCAGAUUCCAUACCCCAAACGAGAAUUCCUUAAUGAAGAUGAACCUGAAGAGAAAGGUGACAAGAACCAGCAGCAGCAGCAGAACCAACAUCAGCAGCCCGCAGCUCCCCCGCAGCAGGCAGCAGCGCCCCCGCAGGCGCCCCCGCCGCAGCAGAACAGCACCCAGACCAACGGGACCGCGGGCGGGGCCGGGGCGGGCGCCGGGGGUGCGGGAGCCGGGCUGCAGCACAGUCAGGACUCGGGCCUCAAUCAGGUGCCUCCGAACAAGAAGCCCCGCCUCGCGCCCUCGGGCGCCAACUCCGGCGGGCCCGUUAUGCCGGCAGAUUAUCAGCACUCCAGUUCUCGCCUGAAUUACCAAAGCAGCGUUCAGGGAUCCUCCCAGUCCCAGAGCACACUCGGCUACUCCUCCUCGUCCCAGCAAAGCGCGCAGUACCACCCGACUCACCAGGGCCACCGCUACUGACCGCCGCGGCCCAGGGCACAGACCCCAGCAAUAUGAUGUCCGCAUGGAAAGCAACCAAAAAUGCAGACGAUGCUGCCGUUUAAAACUCACCCACUUGGGCGGAAGACUACAUACUGAGCAUUUUGCAGGACGGACGGACGUCUCUUCUUUACUGACUUAAAGAAGAUUUUUGUGAAGUUUCCCCGACACCCUUUCCCUGCAUGUGUUCCAUUGUGACUUUGAUACAGCGUCUGAUCUAAUCCCAGCACUUAACUUCUGUAACCUUCAGCAUUUUUUGGAAGGAUUUCCUGGUGCACCUUUCUCAUGCUGUAGCAAUCACUAUGAUUUAUCUUUUCAAAGCUCUUUUAAUAGGAUUUUAAUGUUUUAGAAACAAGACUCCAGUGGUGUAUAGUUUUCUACUUCAUGAACUGAUCUAGCAACACAGGUAAAAAUGCACCUUUUAAAGCACUACGUUGUUUUCACAGAAUAUGACUGUUUUGCUCAUGGAAGUCUUAAACAGAAACUGUUAUUGUCCCAAAGUACUUUGCUGUUAUGUUUUUAUUUAUCUAGUUUCAGGGAAGGUCUAAGAAAAGACACACAGUGGGACAGAGGGAACCUACAACCAAAAACAGCCUAGAUCUUCGCAGUUACUAUGCUUUAUGCUCUGAAGAACUGAAUUGUGUGGUAAUUUUGACAUAAUCAAUCAUCCAUAUGGAACGUAGUUCCCAGAAUCACCUUAUUCUGAAGAGUAUUCAGUAAGAAUUCUAAUUUAACCUUCAUGUAGCUAAGUCUGCCUUGAAAAAGGGUUUCAAGAGCUUCGAUGAAAUACAGCCCUCUGGUGCCCCACACCAGAAAGUGGAAGAGAGUAUUAACUGCACUAGGGUUUCUUUAAGGAGUAAUGUUGAUCAGAGGAUGAUGUAUCGUUUACCUUUGAAGGAAAAGCUUUGAGUGUGUAUUGUACAUAAAGUUGGCUUCUCUAAAGAACUGUUGGUUUCUUCGCAUCUGGGCCAGCUUGAGUCACUUCCUUACAUAAUCAAGAGUACUCAAAUAGAAGCCUGCAAAAUUAAUUUGCAAAUUAAUCUGCUUUUAAAAUUAAGAGCAGUGUUCUCCAUUCAUAUUUGCAUUAGACAUAGAGUGACUAUUUUUAAAGCAUGUUAAGAAUUUAGGUUUUAUUCAUGUUUGAAGUAUGUAUUAUGUAUGCAUAAUUUUGCUGUUGUUACUGAAACGUAAUUCUAUCAAGAAUCUUUUCAUUGCACUGAAUGCUUUCUUCGCCCCUAGGAGAAAACUUAAUAAUUGUGCCUAAAAAACUAUGGGCAGAUAGUAUACACGACUAUACGAGAUAAAGUGCAUAUUUGCAUUUCCAUGAUCUAUGAAUUAGAGGCUGAGUUCUUUAGCCAGUGAAAGGACCGCCUCACCCCCCAGAGUCACAGGAAAUAUAGAGUCUUAGAGCUCCCAUUGUAAUGUAAGGGGCAAGAAAUUUGUGUUCUUCUGAAUGCUACUAGCAGCACCAGCCCUGUUUUAAACGUUUUCUUGAGCUAGAAGAAAUAGCUGAUUGUUGUAUAUGCAAGUUAUAUGCAUUUUUUAAACGAUUAUUUGUGAACUUAUCUACCUGGUAAUGAUACUCUGGGUCCAUAUACAAGUAAAGUAAGAUUUUAGACAGAAGCCAGUAUACAUUUUGCACUAUUGAUGUGAUACUGUAGCCAGCAAGGACCUUACUGAUCUCAGCAUAAUAAUACUUAUUAAUAAUAAAAGCUGUAUAGUGACACUCAUCAAACAUUGAAGAUGAAACAGUUGACAUACUCCAUUGGAAGGAAUUUCUAGUUGUCUCUCUGAUAAUUCACCCCUUCCAUUUUUUUGUUUGUUUGUUUUUUUUAAGGAGAAGUUAAUAGCCCUCUGCGUAAUGUAGCUACCUGUAUAUAGUUCUGUCCUGUGCCCUGAAGCCUCACUGUCCAGAGUUAUUGGUCAUCAGAUGCUCACUGCACCCUCACCAUGUGCCCAAUGCCAUGCUGGGUGGAAGCCACAAAGGGCAAGACAUACUUCCUGUCCUUAAGGAACUUACGAUCCAUUCCAUGACAGAAAGUUCUCCGGGGAUGAUAGGAAUGGCUUAUGAGUGUGAAGGUCCUUUUGUUUACUUCUAAACUCACUUGGAUAGAGUUAUUAUUCCAAAUUCUGCUGUGUAGUAAACUGUUACCAAGAGGUGUUCGUCCACCUCUGAGAAAGCCAGCGAUGAAAUAGCACAACAGGCAUUACUUUAGGUUUGAAAUGUUCACAGCAGCCUUUCAACAACAAUGGGGUGGACCUUAUAGGCAGAACGUACUCCUUAAGCGGCUGUAGGAAAUUAAAUGAAAGCAGAAGCCCUGUUGCUGCCCUAAGGGGGCCCUUACAUUUAACAAGAGAAAAGCCCAAAUAAAAUAUGUGCAUGGACCAAAAUACCAUGCCCCUUGAUACUUUAUAAGCAACUUUGAUAUACAGUUCUUGUGAUAUGUGUUUGUAUAAUCACAGGACUACCCUGCUUUCCUUGCAUAUAGCUAAUUUUAUUGUCAGAACUGAUAGGCAAACCGUGAGGGGAUUUCAUCAGUUUUUCCUAAUACACAGUGUUCUCCAAGAUACAGCCAGGUAUCCCCCGUUCCUCUGGUCACUGUGCUCAUACUGGCCCUUUUCUUCUUGUUCUUGCCUUGGAGUUGGCGAUGCCCACUGGUGCCCAUUACCCUUGAAAUAAUCGUGGUUCAUGAUUUCCUUUUCCCUGUAAAGGGGAACAAAGCCUUUAACAUAUGUAUGGACCCUAAACUGGGACCUCGGGGGAGAUCUGUGACGCUUUUUGACGUUAAAAUUUACCUCUGUGGUCCCCAAGUGACCUCAUUCCAGAAAACUUAUUACUGUCAUGUUCCCUGAGGAUGCAGGGGGAGGGGGGCAUCCCUCAGUCCAUGAGAACACCCAAACCAAGAAAGGUUAUUGAAAGGAAAAAAGGAGGGGCACCUGGGUGGCUUAGUCGGUUAAGCGCCUGACUUCUCACAGUUCCGUGAGUAGUUCGAGCCCCACGCCACACUCCAGACUGACAGCUCAGAGCCUGGAGCCUGCUUCAGAUUCUGUCUCCCUCUCUCUCUGCCCCUUCCCCACUGGCGCUCUGUCUUUCUGUCUCUCAAAAAUGAAUAAACAUUUAAAAAAAUUAGGAAGGAAGGAAUAAAAGUGAAGGUUUUCUGCCCUCCAUAUUCAAAUCAGUUUUCGAAUUAGCUUUCUGGUGAGAAGUGUGUUUGGGAUAAAGGAAUUCUAGAAGUUUCAGGACAGCUGAGCUCAAGGGUAAGGGAGUCUGGCGGCAGGGCUGUUAACUAUGAGCUGAAGCAAUCCUUGUGAUGAAAGUGGAUCCUGCAGUAACAUACAAAAGCCAAGGACAUGUAUAUUUUUAUAUCUGUGUGGUUUUAAAAUUUUAGUACUUAGAACUUUGGUCUUCUGCACUACUCUUUUGCUCUUAUAAACAUAAUUUACAUGUAAGAAUGGAAAGGGACAAUAUUUGCCUACAUGUUCCCUGCCUCAUCCCCAGGGAAGUAACUGCUGGUUGUAUGCCUCUAAAACAAUGCUGUUUUCUCUGCUAAGGGUAAAAGAAAAAAAAUGUUGGAUGAUAAGAUUUGCAGCUUAAUCUGCUUUGAAUAAAACCAUGGAGCAGAAACUAUACGAUGAAGGAAGAAUUCUAUGAAAAUUGCAAAUCCUAAACUCUGUGGCGAUAUCUUUCUAGGGAAUGGAGAAAGGCAGUGAAAUGGCAGGUAGCCUAAAGGAGGCUUGAAGGACUCAGAUAUAAGUAAUAUUUUAUAUCAAACAUAGCAGUUUAGGCCCCCGUAAUCUUCAAGAGUAGUCACAGAUGUCAUAAAACAAAGUUCAUUGUUUUAGGAUUUUUUAAAAAUGUGUUGUACCUAAGGCCAUACUUACUCUUCUAUGCUAUCACUGCAAAGGAGUGAUAUGUAUGUAUUAUAUGAAAAAAAAAAUCCUUAAUGCACUGUUAUCUCCUAAAUAUUUAGUAAAUUAAUACUAUUUAAUUUUUUUAAAGAUUUGUCUGUGUAGACACUAAAAGUAUUACACAAAAUCUGGACUGAAGAUGUCCUUUUUAACAAUUUAAAGUACUUUUUAUAUAUGUUAUGUAGUAUAUACCCUUUCUAAACUGCCUAGUUUGUAAUUCUCAUAAUUCCUACUUGUGAAGUGUACCUGUCUUUGUCUCUCUUUUCAGUCCAUUUUUGCACGCACCCCUCUUUCUACGAUUAUAGAGAUGACUGUGUAUGCUUUACAUUCUGCUGCGAGGUGCACGCUCAGAGCCGGCUGCGCUCCGGUGGGGCGUGUUCCGUGGGGUGCAGGAGGGCAACCGCUUUGGAGCUGAGUGUUUCCCGCUUUUGAGUUGUCCUGACAUCCUUCUUGAAAUGACUGUUAAAACUAAAAUAAAUUACAUUGCAUUUAUUUUA